CAUCUGGGCUGUCAUUGGGAAAAGAUUAUGAAUUAGGUUGGUGUAUCAUAAAGCUUUAUUUGAGAUUUUUCAAAGAUUUUUCAUUUUUCAGAAUGUGCGCAAACACCAUUCACUAAAAAUAAAAUCAAUUAACAAAUUAUCACCCAGUGUGUCUUUAUCACAAGGAUCUGGUCUCCUCUAGUGGCUGAUUGGCAUUAAUUGCAGGUCACGUUUUAGGCUGGCAUGUAGAUAAAGAUACAUUUUUCUUAAAGAGAUUUGUCAUUAAAGAUAAAAGAAAUGGUUUUCUUUGCACAGGAUCUCCCAGCUGAGAUGAAAUGAGCCUUUCAGCUGACUUGCCUGAAAAGAUUGAAGACUGGACCAAAGAUCAUGUUUAUAAGUGGCUGAUCAGCAGCCUCGGAGUUUCCAAAGUAUAUGCUGAUCAGCUAUACCAUGAAGAUGUCUCAGGAUCAGAUCUGGUGUUUUUUGAAAUAGAAGAUUUGACGAAAUUGGGCAUUAAGUAUGGUCCAGCUGUUAAAAUUGUAAAAAAUGUGAGACAACUCAAAGUGUCACCAGGAAGAAUAUUGAAAUUCCAAACAGAGGAAGAUCAAGAUGCUUCCAAAACAAUUCAAACAAGUAUGCAGACUGCAUCACCACACAUGUUUCAACAAUGUUCUAUCUCUAAUGAAGAGAAAGUGGUUAAAACAAACAUAUCACUUGCUUCUGAAUCUGAUAAGAGUCCAGCAGAUGCAAUGUGUUUGAAAAACGUGGAUAUCUCUUUAGGCACAGACAUAAAAACAGAAUUAUUACCCAGCAGAGAAAAAACAUACCCAGAAAGUACCAUUUUUAAAGAACCUGAACUUGAAGAGAAAUUACCUUACCCCUUUGACAAAAGUCACGAACCCUACACAUACUCUCAACAUGACAUCCUUCCUGCCGAGAAGGGUCCUAGCAAUCUCAUUGAGCCAGUCCACGAGUACAAGCUGUUAGGAAACACAGAGCAUGCAAGUGAAGCUGAAGUCCUGAAGAAGUUCAGCAAUGAGGUUUUCCGGUUUGCAGCAGCCUGUAUGAACUCUCGCACAAAUGGGACCAUUCAUUUUGGUGUCGGAGAUGAGCCUCACUUUACCCAUGGCGAAGUCAUUGGAAUUUCAGUGCCAUCACCCAAUAAAUUUGUGGAUCAUUUUAAUAAGAGUUUGAAAGAUUACUUCACAGAGCACACUAACAUUGCCAAAAACUGUAUUAGACAGCCACGGUUUGUUCAGGUUUUGAGCCUUGAUACCACAAUGUCAAACAGAUAUGUUAUAGAGGUUGAUGUGGUUCCUAGCUUUUCUUUAACUCGGGGGGAGGUGUUCAACAUCACAAUGAUUACGUGUGACAAACAAGGGAAAAAACAUAAAGAGGACUUUCUUUUUGUGCGGGAUGGUGCAAGCAGCAAAAAUAUUCUUGCAAAUAAAAAUAUUCGAGAAGUGCUGAGUCAGCUGAGUGAAAUCAAGGAAAACAUGAAAUUCCUGGUGUCAAGAAGAGAAGCUAGCGAGUUGGAAGGCCCCAAGGAGCCAGGACAAAGCAAUCAAGGCCAGAGGCUAAAACGAUUGAUUGGCUUUGGAAAAGACACCCUCGAAAACUCACUUUACAGCACAUAUGUCGUUGUUACAAACAAAUGCCACCCGAGCGAAUUGGAAUUCCUGCAGUUCUUAAGAGAGAUGAAGUUGUUUGCAGUGUUAGAAUUUGAUCCGGAGUCGGCACUAAAUGGAGUCUGCAACUUCUUCCGCAAGGACCGGAUAGCAAACCUCCACUACCCCAGGAAUUACAACACCGGUGAGGCUGUAUCAGUUAUCAUUGGAAAGCUGAACUUGUUCAGGCAAACCAGUUGGGUAUUUUGUAAUGGAAGAACAAACGGUGACAGUGAAGCAGAUCAGCCGUUUACUCCCAGCGAGUGGCUGAAGAAACGUGCAGGGGAGGUCAAAGAUGUGAUUCAUUUUCUUUGCAAUCCUGAUGUCUUGCCAACAGGAAAGAGCCUUGUCAUGUUUCUGCUACAUUCAGAUGUUACUGAGAUAUCAGACCCAGUCCUUGAGACAUUCUGUACAUUCUACCAGAAGCUCGAAGGGGCAGAUAACAUGCUCUGCAUUUGCAAAAAUGCAUCGAUUUUCUCUUACUGGAAAGAUUUAGUUGACAUCCGAUGCAAAAUGGAUAUUACUAGCAAGUGCAUUUAUGAUUUGAACCUAAAUGAGAUCAAUGGCACAAUUUUGAAAUUAAAACAACCACAUACACAGUCUUCUAGUCGAUUUUUGCCAUCUUCUGGUUCUAGCUCUGUACUUCUGGUAAAAAAGGAUGAAGACCUUAUGACGGCCCUUGACAUUGUGUGUGAAAAUGAAUGCGAAAACACCGAAAUUGAGAAAAAUGCUUGUUUUGAUGAUUUUAAAAACAUAAAGGAGGAAGAUUUCUAUAGAGGGGGGAAAGUCACCUGGUGGAACUUCUACUUUUCUGAAACUCCUGGAUCUCUGCCAUUUAUUAAAAGGGACAAAUACGAGGAGCUAUACAAUCUGAUCACACCUGAUGGAGGGUUUGCAACUCCAUGUGUAAUACUAAAUUUGUUUCAUCAUCCAGGCUGUGGAGGAACCACACUGGCAAUGCAUGUUUUGUGGAACCUGAGGAAAAAAUUUAGAUGUGCUGUCUUAAAAAAUAAUACAACUCAGAAUACAGAAAUAGCUGUGCAAGUGAUACACUUACUGACUUGCGGAAAAGGAGAGCAGUCAACCUAUACCCCUGUUCUUCUUUUAGUAGAUGACUGGGAAGAAAUGGAAAGUAUUAGAGACUUGCAUCGUUGCAUUCUUAAUGCAGCACCCGUGAAGCAAAAACAAGAAACUUUGAUGGUUGUAAUUCUGAAUUGCAUGAGGUCUCAAUUCCCAGCUGAAAGUUCCAAAAACAGUCUGAUCGAUAGUGUGUACAUCACUAACAAACUCUCUCAGAAAGAACAAGGUUUCUUUGAAGCCAAACUGAAUGAACUUAGAGUCCAUCAUGAGAAACCAGAAACGUUCUAUGCUUUUAUGAUCAUGAAAAGCAAUUUCAAUGAAACUUACAUUAAAAAUGUGGUCCAUAACACUCUAAAAGACUUGAAUGUGUCCACUAAGGAAGCACAAUUAGUUUCCUUUUUAGCUUUGUUGAAUUCUUACGUGAAUGGCUCCUCUAUGUCAGUUUCCCUCUGUGAAGAAUUUGUAGGGAUCAAAAAUGCCCUGUGGGGGAGAGAAACACUGGAAGAGAAAAUGAAUCCUUACUCUACGCUCCUGAUUCGCUUUAAUGUUGAAGAAUACGGCACUUAUCAGGGCGUUCGAUUUCUUCAUCAAAUGAUUGCUAACCACUGCCUCCAAGUGUUGACAAAAAAACACAAUCUAAAAUUAUGUGAAAUGACAACAAAUUUACUUCAUUGUGAUAUGUUGUACAAAUCUGGCAUGGGCAAAGAUAUCCUUAUUCAAAACAUCCAGAGUAUGUUGAUCACAAGGCAGCGCAGAGAAUAUGGAGAUGACAAAGACACGCUUUUUUCUCCUUUGAUCGAACAGAUGCAGCAGGAAGAAGGUACUACCCAGAUCAAAGAUGUCUUGGUUGAAGCCACAAAGAGGUUUGACAAGAAUGCAACUAUUCCUCAAGCACUGGCGAGACAUUUCUACCUGAGAGAGAAGGACUUUGAGUCUGCACUAAAAUGGGCACAGGAUGCAAAACACAAAAAAUAUAAUUCCUACAUUGCAGACACUUUAGGACAGGUCUUUAAAAGUAAACUGAAACAUGAAAUUGAAUGUGCCGAGGCUAAAUGUAAAAUCCUCACACCAGAGGACUUGGAAAAAUACUUGCAGUUAGCACAGAAGGCCACAAAAGCAUUUAAGGAUUCACAAGACUUGGCAAACAGCGAUGAUUCCACUGACACCCCUGAAUAUCGCAAGAAAAAGCAUAGCACUUACAAUACUUCUGGGCAUAUUGGUGAAAUGGAUGUAGCUAUGAUAAUCUUUGAUGUUGUCAGGGAGGUCCCCUUCUUCAAGUCUGAUGAACUGAACCACAUAAAAAUGAUGAAUUUUCUCAAAAACAAGAUGCCAAUCAGCAGUCUUCAUGAAGAUGAUAGUGAGGUGAACUCUCAAUUCAUUUCAGUACUGCAGAAUCACGAGAAGUUUCUUGUCACGUUAAAGCCUCAAGUCAAAGAGACAUUUGUUUUCUUUGAGAACUACUUCACCUAUCUGAAACCAAGGUCUAUAGAGAAACAAACGGCAGAAGACAGAAACAAAAGAAAGGUUUCAGACCACUUCAAAAAGUACAUCAAACUUUUUUGCAGCUCUGAAACCGAAAGGCAAUCAGAAAGGGUCAACCAACCAAAACUCAGUUUACAACAAAACAUUGAGGACCAAAGGAGGUUUUUAGAAGAAGAAAGAGCAGAUACCUUUUCUGGACUGCUCCAAUGUCUAAACGAGAAAAAGGGGUAUGACAUGCAAAAAAUCCUAAAUAGCUGGUCGUUCAUUUAUAAAAAUUCAACGAAGAAAAGUUUGAAAGAUACAACAAACAUUAUCUUGGCCAACAUUGUUCUGUACUGUAUUAAUCGGAAGUCAGCCUCACUCAUGGAUUACACAACGCUGACAGCCCUUCUCAACGAAGCCUUGCAGGAAGAAGGAACCCAUUCGAAUUGUACAGAACUCUAUUACUUGGCCAUGUUACUUCUGUGGCCUGGGAGUAAUGUUUUGCCGGAAAAUGCAUUUAAAAACAUUUGUACCUACGUGACAUCGAUUAGGAGAUCCUUUCAUCGUCGCUUUGCCCAUGUUUGUCGUACAAAAUCUGCCAUAGCACACUUCUACCUCGGCAAAUCCACCCAACUGAGAAGAAUAGUGCACAAGGCAAAGCUUGAUAACAGUUUAGGGCCUGAAAAGAAUUCCAAAAACAGUCUCUGGCAAAGUGGAGCCAUAUGGAAGGAGAAAACAGUGCAAAACCUUUUGCUUCGUGUAAAAGGCACAACCGAGAACGGUGAUGUUUAUGUCCAUUAUGAUGGAAAUCUAAAAAUUCCAGUUCGUCCAGUUUAUCUUGGUGGUGUAAGGAGCGGGUACAGCAUUGAAGAGGUUUCUUUUUACCUUGGUUUCUCCAUGGAGGGACCAGUGGCUUACAACAUAGAAUACAUCAAUGACUCAUAAACUAAUUGUGUCAUUUUCCUCCGUUUUGAAAACAACGAGUGAACAUGUUUUAAAAACAUGCACAACAUUAUCCUGAUGAAAGAAAAAAAUGUUUCUAAUUCAUAUUUCACAUGAUGUCGGGCAAACAUUUUUGCUACACCAAAAAUGCAUGAAGCAUAAAAACAAACAAAAAAACAACUGUUUCUCCUUGAAAUAGUUCAUUUUCCGUACCACCGACAUUCCUGUGGUCAGACAGGUCUGCACAUCACACAUAUAGGAUAAAGAAGGAAUCCAUCUUAGUCUAUUCUAAUAAUUCUAACACAUUAUUAGUGUGAUAAUGUCUCACAGCUGGAUUGCACUUGGAAGAAGGUUUACACAUUUAUCUUCACGGCUGCAGAAAUGGUUUAAUAGUUUCCAGCCAUUGCCUUUUGAUGCGAGGUUGCUGAAUUCCAUUUAAGGAAUACUGUAUGUAUUUGGGAUUUAUGGAUUAUAAUGGGUAGAUUAGACUACAAUUGUGCCUUGGUUAGUCCAAAAUGUCUAAAAGCAAAUAUGAAAAAUGUAAACCAACUAUUUAACAUAAUGGAAAGGGUUAAGGUUACCAUAUGCAAAUAUCUAUGCAAUCUCAGGUGUCUGAAACUCAUUACAUGUAAAUGUUACUUAACAUAUCUUGAAUAAAAUUAUCUUUAGCCUGAUGAAGACUUUACAUGCAUAUUAAUGCUAGCUACUGUAAAUUAACUGUUUCUUGUUCUGUUACUUUGUGUUAAUUCUGAAACUUUGAUUGUUAAUACUAAUGAAGUAUGUCCUCAUUGUAAAAUACAUAUUAUAAAAAGAGACCAGCGAAAAAUUGCUGAGGUUCAUGAUCUGAAAUAAUUUAUAUUGCAAUUGCUGCAGUUGUUCUGUAUUUUAACUGUUUUACUGAACUCUAUUGGAUUAAAAAAAAAAACUGUAAUAACCACAUCUAAAGAACAUGCAAGUCUCAGGCAAGGACCAGAAUCAAAACUCUUAUCCUAAACUCUAUAAUUGUUGAAAUUUUUCUUUGUUUUACGAAUGUUUGGGAUUAACCUGCUUGGUUAUCAAUGGCCAUAGGAUAAGGAGGCUUGUCCUUCAUUCAGAAAGAGGAGUUUAGCAAGGAGCAGCUGCAAAGAAUUUGCAAUUUGGGGUGGAGGUGGGAUGAAUGUGAAAAAGUGAGAGAUGUGUGCAAGAGUUAUAUAUAGCAAAAGUCUGUAAUGAUUUGGAUCUAAAACAGCUGGGUGAGUUUAACUUGUCUCUCGCUAUCCCUCCUGAAGUUUAGUUAAGAACAUCCAUUUGUUGAUGCCUAAAACUUGGUAUUCUACAUUGGUGCAUGUGGGGCUCACUGUGGCCAAUCAUCAAAUAUCACUAUCAUCCAAUCAAAAACUAUUCUGCUGCUUUUGCUUCUAAAUUUGAGUUUGUCUGUUACUUCUGAAUUUAUACACUACUUGAAGUGACAGACACUCUGUGUACACUUUGCUAUUAAUCUAUUACUUCUGUUUUAUGCCUGUUUAUACACUGGUGGAAUGUAAAGAGUGGUUUAGUUCACUUUUUGCUCCAGAGUAAGAUAUGCUUUUAGUUUUCUGAGUGCAACUGUCAAUGUCUAGACCUGCAAAGCAAAGAUUUGUCAGUUUGGAUAACAGAAAAAUAAGUGGAAAGUUUUUCUUACUGUACAUCAAUGUUUUUUUCUGAUUUUUUUUUUGGAAGUACAAGUAAAACUACAGCAAAGGUUGUUCUACAGCAAAUAUCUGUCAAAUCUGGUUCUAGCAAUGUAUUAUUCUUAACACGUAUCCUUUUGUCUUUGCUAUUGUACUAUCUAUGCAAUAUUUUCAUUUUGUGUAAUUAAAAAUAAUCAUAUGAAUAACUGGUACUGUAUGUAUACUUCUUUUUUGGAUAAAAGGACACUUAAAGUAUAUAGUGGUUUCCUGUUGGGCAAACAGAAUUAUCCUUAGUUAAAAUGCCAUUUUCCUUAUAUAUGGAAGUAGACAAAAAUGUGAGCUUCAGAGAGUGUGUGUAUUGCAUGAUGUCAGCAUCUUAAGUUAAUUAUUACAGACUACAGAAAAUGUAAUCAAUCUGGCAUACAUUACACCUGAGUUUAACAUUGAGAUCUCUAGAACUAAUAACAGAGGAUACUGUAACUCUAACAUAUCAACAUGACUCAACAAAUGACUCUUUCAUUUCUCACUUCUCUUCCCUUGAACAAGGCCUCUCUGACCACUUAGCUAUUCUCUUCAAUCUGGAAUUACCUGUUUCUAACACUUCCCCCUCGCGCUCUGUCAAUUUCUGCAACUGCACAUCAAUCCAUUUUCUAACCACUUCAUCCACUUCAGGGUCGCAGGGAAGCCA